UAGUAUUAAAAUAAAAUGGCAUUUAAGAAAAAAAAUGGACGAAAAUGUAGUGUGUUGUUAUUAUUAAUUUUUUUAUGGAUGACCGAGGCGAAGUUGUCACAAGAUAAUAAAACUCAUCUACCAGAAACGAAAAGUACACCAAAGUUAAGUGAUGGAGCCGCGCUGGUAUUUGCUGACGAGUUUAAAAUAACACUCGAGAGAUAUCUCUUCGGUAUAUGUCCACAGAGCUUUAAGUUUCGUUGGUCUCAGAUGGCCGUCACUGUGAAGGGAAAGAACACGACCACAGUAACCUGCGACCUGGACACAGAUCAACAGGAUCUGGCUGGAAGAUUAGCGACUUUAGCGCUUCGUGCGCACUCCGCCGUUCGUUCAGAUUGCUCGCGGUUUGGUGCCGCGCUCGCGAACACGCUCGGCGAACUUGCGCGCACAGCCGCCAACAGGCACGCCAUGUCAGCUGCAGCUGUAAAUGAGGCGAAUAAGAAAAGGAAACUAUCAAAGAGUCAAAAGGCAAAGAUCCAAGCCAAGCAGCGUACAGCACUCGCUGUCAAGAAGAAAGCUGCAGCAGCCGCCGCGGCCGCUGCCGCCAAGAUGGCGUCUUGAACUAAUGUCAAAUAAAACACGAAAUAUAAGCUUAAUAUUUUUAAAACACUGUUAGUUUGUUUUUCUCCAUUUAAUAUUACUUAUGUAUGUAUUAAUUACUAUGAUUUUGUAGAGAAAAAGCAUAAAACUAAGUCAAAACUACUUUAAGCGUAAAAUUAUCACUAAUUUAAUUACUAUUAUCGGAGUGAUAACUUCGACCACCAACCUAUACGAAGGACGAUCUUCUACUGUCUAAUUAACGAAUCAUAACUAGCGACCCGUUGUCAAUUGAGCUUCUUUACUAUUGAUGUUUUAGUCAAAUAUAUGUCCGUACUAUUGACAAGUUUGUAAAUUAACG